AUGCAGUGCUGGGAGCGAGCCCCGGCGGCGCGGCGGCGCUGGGUGCUGCUGCUCGGGCCGCUGGCGCUGCUCGCCGCCGCCCUGGGGCUGCGCGGCACCGCCCGCCCCGACCCCGCCGACCCCUCCCGCCUCCACCGGGCGCUGGAGCUGUCCCCCAGCCGCAGCAUCAACUGCUCGGGGGUCGUCCGCGGGGACCAGAAAGCCAUCCGGGAGGCGCAGCUCAACAACCUCGAAGUGGCGAACAGAAAGGCUUCACCGACGCCCGGCGAAUACCUGAACAUUACGAGGGACUGCAGAGCCUUCAAGAAGACCCGGCGCUACAUCGAGUUUCCCCUCAGCCAGGAGGAGAAGGAGUUCCCCAUCGCCUACUCCAUGGUCAUCCACAACAAAAUCGACAUGUUUGAGCGGCUCCUGCGGUCCGUCUACUCCCCCCAGAAUGUCUACUGUGUCCAUGUGGACAGCAAAUCCCCGGCCGCCUUCCAGGAGGCCGUGCGGGCCAUUGCUGCCUGCUUCCCCAACGUCUUCGUGGCCAGCCGCCUGGAGAGCGUGGUCUAUGCCGCCUGGUCCCGGCUGCAGGCCGACCUCAACUGCAUGCAGGACCUGCUGCAGAGCCCCGUGCCGUGGCGAUACCUCAUCAACACUUGCGGCACCGACUUCCCCAUCAAGACCAAUGGCGAGAUAGUCCGGGCGCUGCAGCUGCUGCAGGGCCAUAACAACGUGGAGUCGGAGAAGCCCUCAGCCGCCAAGCAGCAGCGCUGGCAGUACCACCACGAGGUGGGGGAGACCAUCUCUCGCACUGCCCAGAAGAAACUGCCGCCGCCCCACAGCUACCCCAUGUUCACGGGCAGCGCGUACAACGCGGUCACACGGGACUUUGUGCAGUACGUCUUCGAGAACCCCACGGCACAAAAGUUCCUCGAGUGGUCCAAGGACAGCUACAGCCCCGACGAGCACGUCUGGGCCACCCUGAACCGCAUGCCGGGCGUGCCGGGGGGCACUCCCCCCAGCGACAAGUUCCAGCUCUCGGACAUGAACGCCCUUCCCCGCCUGGUCAAGUGGGAGUACCUGGAGGGGGACAUCAGCAAGGGCGCGGCCUACCCGCCCUGCACCGGCCGCCACCAGCGCGCCAUCUGCAUCUACGGGGUGGGCGACGUGCCCUGGAUGCUGCAGCAGCACCAUCUCUUGGCCAACAAGUUCGACCCCGAGGUGGACGAUGCGGCCCUCCAGUGUCUCGAGGAGCACCUGCGCCACAAGGCCCUGUACGGCCGGGGGCUCUGA